UAUUUGGCAUAAUGAUUCUUUCCAAUCUAUAAGAUUUACUGUGUGCGCGAAAACAUUCAGAAAUUACAAAAUCGCUUUAAAUUUAGUUUUAGUUGGCAAUUUGAAUCGUCUGGUCGAGAAAAGUGAUCGUCGUCUCGGUGUAGUUUUUUUUAUAUCCAUUGUCAUCAUAGUUUAUUCAUUGUUGUCAACAUUGUGGGCGGCAAUAUUUGUUGUGCACUUUUUUUUUCGAUCAAGUUUCGGAACAGACAAUAUUUAUCGAAUGUCAAUUUCAUCAAAUGAAUACAAUCGACUAGAAAAAAAUUGAUUAUGUUAUUAGUGUCACAAAUAUUUUAAAUUUAUAAAUGCAAACGAGAAAUACGAAUCGAAAAAUAACCGUUAAAACACAAAAACAAAUUGAAAAUCAACGAACACCUGAAUAGAUGAAUUUAUCCGAAAAAAAAUUGAGUUGAAUUUAAAGAAAAAAAAAAACAGUUUGAAAAAUAAAAAAAAAACCGAAUAUUAAAAAACUGUAGAGUGGGAAGGUGAUUGGAAUAAAAGAAAUAACAGCACAUUUUUGAUGAUUUUUGCAAUCACAUCUUCAAGGAGAAAACAGCAAAAAUCAACGAUACAUACUUCUUUUUGAGAAAUCUAAAGAUAGAGUCGUGUACAUAGCUCACAAUGACGAAAUAACAUUCGACCAACAACUACUGGAAUAAGGACUGUUAUCAUAAUUUUCUGAAGUAAAUUUUUUUUUAUUGAGAUUUAAGAAGAACUAGAAAAAUUAUUUUGUGAGAAAAUAAAACAAAAGUCAGUUAAAACAUUCAUAUUCACGCAAACACGACGAUCAUAUUUUUCUUCGACAAUGAAGCUGAUAUGUGCAGUUAUUUUAUUAUGCGAAGUGGUAACGGCUGCACGUGAAUAUUAUGGUGCUCCAUUGGGUCCGUUGAGCAGUUUGCAUCAUGGUGUGUCCGGUGAUGUAUACGCCGUUGAUUCUCGGACUCUGUUCAUCAAGAAUUUCAACUAUGAUGGUGAAGGACCAGCCGCAUAUUUUUACGUCGGUAAUACAAAAAGAAUACAAAAUCAGGGUGCAAUUCGCCUUCGUGAUGAACGUGGCAGUUCGGGUGUCAUAAGACGUUACCGUAAUAAAGACAUUACACUUUCACUGCCCGAGGGUAAAACAUUGCGUGACAUAAAAUGGUUUUCGGUUUGGUGUGACGAAUUCGCCGUCAAUUUUGGUGAUGUUUCAAUUCAAAGAAACUUUGAAUUUCCGAGACCAUAUAAGCUAGCACCGUUAAGAGGUGUACAUGCUGUUUCAUCAGACAAUAUUGUUGUCGUUGAUGCUCAAACGAUACUCAUUCCAAACUUCAGCUAUGAUGGUGAAGCUCCAGAUGGCAAAUUUUGGGUAGGACGUGGUGACAAACCAACACCAAACGGCAUUCGUAUACCGGAUGAAAAUGGUCGUGUAACGCCAUUACAACGCUAUGAUCGAAAAACGAUUGUUUUAACGUUGCCCGGAGACUUAACCAUUUUUGAUAUUGGACACUUUGGCAUAUGGUGUGAAGCUUUCACCGUUGAUUUUGGUCAUGUCAAAAUACCAUCAAACAUAAAUGUUCCACCAUCGCUUAAAAUGCUGGGCGUCAGUCCUCAGUCAAAACUUAAUUGCGAAGUGCUUUAUGAUGACCUUGCAUUUGAAGUUAGAUGGGCGGUUGCUGGCGAAAGUAUCGUAAUUCAGCUCGUUGCUAAAUUAGAUGAUGGGGAAUACAUGUCAUUUGGUUUAUCACCUGAUCGAUCGAAAACGUUUAUGGUUGGUGCUGAUGUUGCAGUCGCUUGGAUCGAUAAAAACACUGGCAAAGGUUAUGCAGAAGACUAUUACCUUGAAGCCAAAUCACAAUGUGCCGGUAAUAGAGGAAGUUGCCCAGAUACAAGGCUUGGAGAUAAAACAAACUCUAUUCGAGUUUUGAAUGCAGCAACUGUCAAUGGCUAUUCAAUUGUAACUUAUCAACGCCCGCUGAAAGCUACUGAUGAAUUCGAUUUGCCAAUUCAUGGAAAUUCGUCUCAAGCCAUUGUUUGGGCAAUUGGACCAUUAAAUCAACGACUUGAAGUUUCAUUUCACAGUUUGUUCUCAAAACAAACGAAAUUAAUUCAAUUUGGCCGUGAACCGUCGUGGAAUUGCCCACUGUCAGAGAAUGACAUGAAAAUUAGCGACAGUGGUGACAACGAAGAGCUCUAUGAACCACCAACACAACAAUCAGGACAUCAUUCACAAGCGUAUACCCCACAAAGCACCAAUUACGAUGAAUCGGAUAAUAUUCGCUCAAAUGACCGACGUGGUUCACAAUCUAUCACUCCAUCACGUGCACCAAUAUCAGUACCAGCUCGAGUUGCUCCAGUCACAAGAAAUAAAUUCUGGGAAAUUCCUCCAAUUCAAUGUCAUGAACCUGAUGAUGGAGUCUUCUAUGCACAAUUGGGGCCAACUGGUGGGAAACAAGGCUAUUCAGCAAUCACAGGACAUGUCGGUUGGGGCAUCAGUUGGUUUAUCAAUGGUUUAUUAAUUCCGGAAAUAAAUGUUAUCAGAGGGAAGACAUACACAUUUGUUGUUGAGGGUGGUCAUGAUCCAGACGUUCCCGCUAAAUAUCAUCCGUUUUACAUCACAGACGAUCCAGUUGGCGGUUAUGAAUACAAGAGCGACGAGGAAAAAGCGAAUGUUCGCAUAUUUGCUGGUGUAAAACGAAAUAGAUUUGGUGCAUUGACACCAACUGGUAUUGGACGAUUGUGCAACUGGACACCCGAUCCCGAUGGCCCUUCGGCCGACGAAUAUUCUUCGUUCGGUGCCUAUCAACGAAGUCUUUCUCUGAAAUGCGAAGAAGGUGAACCGGCAGUAAUUACAUGGCGUCCAGAUGAAAAUACACCAGACACAGUUUACUAUCAGUGUUUUACUCAUCGAUACCUCGGAUGGCGCAUUAACGUGCACGAUUCUUGCGAUAGCAACAGCCAAUCGACUCGCCUUGAUGAAAUCUUUGUACAGCCCGAUCAACCAGACACACUGCUUCCAUUGCAAUCAAUUCGUCAUGAAACAAAAGUUAAAGCUCAUGAUAUUUAUCUGCUUCAAAAUGAACAAACCGUCGAUCAAGCGCAACAGCAUUUGAAUAAUAACAAUUUGGAAAAUCGAGAUGACAAGAGCAAUUAUCAAAUGAAAAUGAUUGCAAAUGGUAUUUUAGCGGCUGAAGCAUUGGAAAAAAGUCUAAUCAAUAAUAAGACAGCCGCAACCGUGACCGAAGGAAAUCACUAUGGUGAACCGAUUGGAAGUGCACAACCGAUUGGAAGUGCUGUCGAACCAUUACCAGUUUAUUUGACCCCACCGAAAACCAUACAACCAGAGCGACCAUUCCGUUAUGACCAUCGAAUUCCAUUACGUGAACGAAACUAUUCAAUACCCUAUAUUUUACCAAAUAAUCAAGGUGCAAACCGUUUCAAGUCAUACAAUCAGGUGCCACUUCGCAAAGGUUUUAUCGAACGGCAAAAAGUCACGAAAAUAUCAAUGCCACCGAUUCGUCGCGAUUAUAUCACAAAUAUUAAACCAAUACCACAAUUUCCGGUGCAACAACAACCGUGGUCAUUACAGAAGCAUAUUGUAUCAAUGCGCGGUUCUAUACCGCCACCACCUUACAAUGCAAAAACCAAAUUCACCGGUCCAAUCAAAAUAAGUAAAAAAGAGUUUAGCAUACCGGCCAAAAAUAUUGGUUUUCAACCGGAUUCGGUGGUGGUUGAAGGUGGUUUUACUCCAAUUAUGCGACGAAAAUCCACUGGAGACGAUGCCGAAAAAGAUUCAUCAGAUAUACGUGAUAUAACUGAAGCAUACGAUUAUCCCGAACAACAGCAGCGUCGAAGUGAUAAAACCGAUUUGAAUGACGAUAAUAAUAGCGCAGAUGGUGAAAGUUCAGAACUUCUUAUCAAAACAUUCGAACCAAUGUUUAUUCCAUCACCAUUGGACAGUACAAAUGUCUUGAAAUCGCAGACAAAACGUUUAUCGGGCGUUUUGGAAUACAUGGAAAUGGAAGAUGGUGAUGAUAAAAUGGCAUUGGCUGGCGAAAAACACGCAUAUUAUUUACCACCUGAUGUCCCAAACAGCAAUAAAUCGAAAAUAACCAAACUAUAUCCGGCCGGAACAGUGGUUACUUAUGAUGGGCGUGCUGUUGUUGAUCGUUCACUUUUAGAUUCUGAACCCUAUUUUCCAACGCCAUUACGAACGAGUAGUUUAAUGUCCGGUAUCAAGAGCACCGAACAACUGUUGAAUUUGCCACAAUUUGUCCCGUUCAAUGGUGAGAUUCCACCACUAACACCCGAACUCAUGAAACCAAACAUAGCACGCAACCAACAUCGACCGAAAUAACUCAGGCCACAAUCAGCAUUUUUUUUUCUUUUGACUAAACAAAGAAUGUUAUUCAAUUUAAAAAGAAAAAGUUAGUAGCAUUUAUCUCUCCCAUAGCACAAAACAACCACGCAUAUUUGAAAUUAUUUUGAAUAAGUAACCACUCAACUAAAUUUAGGACAAAUUUAACAUUAGUAAAGCAUGAAAAAAAGAAAUGAUGUUAGUUGGCUGUAUUUAAAAUUGACUAAAAGUAUUCACAUUUUUCAUGCAUACAUUAUGAUCAGUUAACUACAACUAAGAGUAAUUCAAAAUUCAAUACAAAUCUCUCUAGCAUAGAGUUUUUUACUCAGGGGGAGUAAAAACGUGCAAUGACACUUUUCGAAACGGGUUAGCGAUUCUGUCGUGAAUUUUUUUUUUCAUGUAGACUUUUGUAAUAUUUUUAUUUGAUACAUAAGUAGAUGUUAAUAUCUUUCUAAUAAGCCACCGACAGCAGAAAUUUGUUUGAAAAUGCGCUAAGUAAAGUUAACGAGUUCGGAAAUGUGUGCAUACACUGUUUUUACUCGAUUUGAGCGUCGGAACCUGUGGUGGAGAGAUUUGUAAGGAAUAUUGAUUGGUUUACCUUAUUAAUGGAUUUGAGUUACAGUCAGUAAGUCAUUCGUCUUUCUUUACACAAAGUCUAAGUUACAAUAAGUUGAUAAAUAUUCAUGUUUUCGUGAUAAUCUGUUUAAUAACAUUUAUUUUGUUUUAUGAUUUCUUCAAAAUCAACAGAUGUAUCUUCAGAAUCUUACGAUUCGUAAAUAAAAUAGUAAAAUUAAAAUCUAA